UGGAGGAGGAGAAGCUGUCAUCAUCAUCUUUUUCUUUAGUGCUCAGCAUGCAAUACUUUACAGCGAAUGAGUGUCUGUACAGUAAUUGAUUUCCCCCUGAAACGGGGCCGGCCCCUGCAGACUGCAGAACUGCAGCACUGCAGGCUGUAAUGACGUUACGGGCGGCAGCAGCAGCAGCAGCAGCAGCGCAGUUAGCAGCAGAAAAGCGUGGAGACUGCCCAGAACACCGGUUCUGGUUUGGCGAUCGUCAGGGCGUAACAAGUAACCGGCUCUCCCCCCAGUCGUUAGUUUCUUGGUCUCUUUCUCUCUUCCUCUCUCUCUUUGUCUUAUUUUCUCCUCAAUCUUUCUAUUUUUCUUCUUUCUGCAUACUUACAUCCUGUGUUGUGUUUGUUCCUCGAUCUAAUUCCCCUCCCCUCCCCUCCCCUCACCCAUGAUGCUUCAUUAGCAUCGCUUCGUCUUGUCAGUACUGUACAUAUCACGGCCUUGUUACUACUCACCCACUUCUCUCGCCCAGUACGGUACAGGUCUCCAACACCCAACAGUUGUUUCUCACCACAGUCGCC